AUCAAAAAAAAAAAAAAAAAAAAAAAAAAAAAAAGAUAGGAGAAUUUUCUGAAAUAAUAGAAGUUCAUUCUGCCUCAGUUGUAAUUAGUCAGCUUAGACAUUUUAGCUUUUCUGACAGCCCCCUCUCUCCUGUCACACUUUCGGCUAAAACUAAUGCAUAUCAUUACAUUUCCCCAUAGAAAGGACCCACUAAGUGCUACUGAAUUGUACUUGUGACCAUGAUGUUUCUAUGAAGGAUCUGCAAUGCAAUGAACGUUGUUUAUCUAGCAGGUGGAUGUGACGUCACGGACUUGGAACAUCAAAACAACAACAUCCAAAUCCGCGAUUCUUCCUUUUUUUCCCCUUCUUUUCUCGGCGUGUUAAAAUCUAAUAACAACAUUAAGAAAGGAGCUCGUGCCUCUCCUUGCGAGACAGACCGGGAGGCAGCGAGUGUGAAACUCCAUAUUUUGCUCCCUUUUCGACGCCCUCGGUAAGAUUAUCUCUUUCUCUCUUUCUCUGUAGUUAAGUUAGUUAGUUAGUCCCCCCACCUCCACCACUACGACCUCGCCACCCAAUACCAAGGCGGGCGGGGUAAUAGGCGAUAUUGUUGGUGUUUACUGUGUGAUUUGUACACAAUCUCGCGUGCACGGGUUCGUCUCAUACUAGCGAAUCGGUACCCUCCGCGUGCGCCUGCUAGCUGCUGUAAAGCGUUUUCCAUUCCGGGCAACAUGGAAAGGAAGUGAAGUUGGUCGCUUUGGGAACAAGCUAAAGUGAAAGUUGAUUACGUUGAACUAGUGUGAGCUGAAUUCUGAUUGGAGGAAUGGAGUGCCAAUCUGUCCUGCACCAGUGAUCAGGCCGGGAGACUCCAGUGGUGACAUCCUGUGGAGCCACAGAUCAAAGGCGAGGAGGCUGUUUCACCACCGCUGGAACUGAAGAUUGCUUUAAAUAAGCAAGUCCUUGUAGAAGGUUUUUAAGUCAUGAUGCAAGAAUCUGGGACGGAGGCGACGAGCAAUGGACCAGCCAGUCAAAAUGGAGGAGCGAGCAUGGAGGGCGGUUCCAGGGAGGGACGACCCAAGAGCGCCACGCCGUCAGUGGAGGUGACUGCAGCUGACCUGCUGCAUCUCCAGCAGCACCAGGCUCUCCAGGUGGCUCGGCAGAUCCUCCUCCAGCAGCAGCAGCAGCAGCAGCAGCAGUCCCAGUCACAUCAACUGCAGUCUCAACAAAACACUGGCCGCAAAUCCCCCAAAGCCAACGACAAGCAGCAAAGCCUCCAGGUUCCAGUGUCAGUGGCUAUGAUGACACCUCAAGUGAUAACUCCACAGCAGAUGCAGCAGAUCCUUCAGCAGCAAGUCCUGAGCCCUCAGCAGCUCCAGGUUCUUCUCCAGCAGCAACAGGCCCUCAUGUUACAGCAGCAGCAACUCCAAGAGUUCUACAAGAAGCAGCAGGAACAGCUCCACCUCCAGCUCCUACAGCAGCAGCAGCAGCAGCAGCAGCAACAGCAGCAGCAGCAGCAUGCAGGCAGCAAGCAGAGUAAAGAGCAGCAGGUGUCAGCGCAGCAGUUGGCCUUCCAGCAGCAGCUCCUGCAGGUCCAGCAGGUCCAGCAGCAGCAUCUGCUCAACCUUCAGAGGCAAGGGCUGCUCACCAUCCAGCCCGGACAGACCGGCCUGCCACUGCACUCCCUCACUCAGGGCAUGAUUCCAGCAGAGCUGCAGCAACUGUGGAAGGAGGUGACAAACGCUCACGUGAAGGAGGAGCACAACAACAGCAGCAACAACGGCCACCGGGGCCUCGACCUGUCCUCCCCGGCACCGCCAAAGAACCCACUUCUCAACCAGCACGCCUCCACCAACGGGCAGUACAUGAGUCACAAGAGAGAAGGAUCCACACUAGAAGAGCAUUCCCCCCACAGUCAUCCUCUCUAUGGUCAUGGUGUUUGCAAGUGGCCUGGAUGUGAGGCAGUGUUUGAUGAUUUCCAGUCAUUCCUCAAGCAUCUUAACAAUGAGCACGCCCUGGAUGACAGGAGCACGGCCCAGUGUCGGGUGCAAAUGCAGGUCGUACAACAGCUGGAGCUGCAGCUAGCGAAAGACAAAGAGCGUCUGCAAGCUAUGAUGACGCACCUUCAUGUCAAGUCCACGGAGCCCAAAGCCACCCCACAGCCGCUCAACUUGGUGUCCAACGUCACAUUGUCUAAGUCGGCCCCAGAGGCCUCUCCUCCUCUGAGCCUGCCCCAGACCCCCACCACACCGACAGCACCCCUCACACCGCUAUCCCAGACCCACUCCGUCAUCACAGCCAACAGCCUCCACAGCGUGGGCCCCAUGCGACGGCGCUACUCUGAAAAGUACAACAUGCCCAUCUCUCCAGAUAUCAGUCAGAACAAAGAGUUUUACAUGAAUGCAGAUGUUAGACCGCCAUUCACGUACGCCUCACUAAUAAGACAGGCGAUCCUCGAAUCUCCAGAAAAGCAGCUAACACUAAACGAAAUCUACAACUGGUUCACACGAAUGUUUGCAUAUUUUAGGCGCAACGCAGCAACGUGGAAGAAUGCAGUCCGGCAUAAUCUUAGUCUUCACAAGUGUUUUGUGCGAGUAGAAAACGUAAAAGGGGCUGUGUGGACAGUCGACGAAAUAGAGUUCCAAAAGAGACGGCCUCAAAAGAUCAGUGGAAGUCCAGCCUUAGUGAAGAACAUCCAGACCAGCUUGGGCUAUGGUCCCACCCUCUCUGCUGCCUUCCAGGCUUCAAUGGCAGAAAACAACAUACCUCUAUACACUACUGCUUCCAUUGGAAGUCCCACCCUCAACUCCCUGGCUAACGCCAUCCGUGAGGAGAUGAAUGGAGCAAUGGACCAUGGAAACAGCAACGGCAGUGACAGCAGCCCAGGACGCUCGCCCCUGCCAGCUAUGCAUCACAUCAGCGUUAAGGAGGAACCACUGGACCCCGAAGACCAUGAAGGGCCCCUCUCCCUGGUAACGACCGCCAAUCACAGUCCGGAUUUCGAUCACCACAGAGAUUACGACGACGACCAGGGCCACGACGACAUGCUGUAAGGGUUAGCGCCAGCCCUCCCCAGCCUCAGAGGCAGAGGCAGUCUGGGUCAUCUGGGAGACGAGAAGCGCUCCGCAGAUAACAAACACUGAACUGCAGUCUCAGCCACUGAUGACAGCUCUCAAAUGUCUCCAAGUUAACUUUUUAGUGCCAUUACAAUACAUAGCAAAAACACACACAAACAACACAGAAAUACACCCGACGUGAGGGUCCUCUUUUCUGAUUCCUUUCUACUUUUGAUUUAAGUAAAGCUUAAAAAGUGAAAACUUCAUUUCUACUCAUGUGUCGGACGGACUUGUUUGGUACGGGGGCGACGUGCUCGCGGUCAGACUCUGGGAGACCCUCGCCGUGCAGCCAGGACGUACUGCACUCUGCGGACUGCAGGAGGGGUUGUGUCUCUCCCCCACCCACCCCCACUCCCUCUCUCUCUUUCUUUUUCUCUCCCUCUCUCUGUCACAGACACACACAUCUAACCACAAACUGAAGAGAGAGAGAAUGACUGACAUUUAAUUUACACCGUGCUUGCGCGUGUGUGUGUGUGUGUGUGUGUGUGUGUGUGUGUGUGUGUGUGUGUGUGUGUGUGGGUGUGUGUGUCUGGGUGUAAGGGAGAACGAGUGCAGACUUCUGUUCAUUGUCACUGCCUUCAACACUUCUGAUUGGUUUGAUUCCAUCUAGGGUGGGAGGGAUGUUUUUAUUUGGGUGUAUUUUUUGUUUGGGGGGUGAGAGGUUCUAAAAUAUCAACAUAAUGUGUCUUUUCCAUCAUUCAAUGCUGUUCUUGAUGUUGCAUCUUUUUUUUUCUUUUUUUUUUAAUUUCUUUAAACUGAUCAGACCUCAUGCCCAUGCUGUGGAGAUUCUGUGUGGUCAGCACUUGAUGAUGAAUGUUUAUGAUUUCCUUUCAUGUUGUUCUUUUAAACACACACACAUGAAGCAGAAUGUCAGAUACCGAGCAGUAUUUUUCUGUCAUUUAUUCCACAAUCUUCCCAGCAUAAGAAAAGAAGAGAAAAAAGAAAAAAAAAAAGUCACCACCACUCUGAGGUGUAGCCCACCCCUCACCCCCUCCCUCAUGAAGUCCAUUGGCAAUGCACUACUCAUAAUGAAGGCUCUCUCCACGCAUCAAUGAAGCUUAAUUUAAGAUGCGAAUGAAUGACAGAGAAAUCAUGCAGGUUAUGGUUUAUCCUUAUGAAAUUAUACUUUAAAACAGCCCCUCACGGCAGAGCAUGCUUAGCUGCAACAGAAUUUCUGAUCACUUACAAGCUCCAGGUUUUUUAAAGCAAAAUGAAAAUGUCAGGUGUGCACCGGCGAGAUAAUGAUUUAGACCAACUAAUUGUGAUUCCUGAACACAACUGUCAUUGUUAAUCAAACGUGUCUGCUUUCCACGCUGUAAUUUCAUUCAGAGCUUGAAAGAUAAACGUGCAUUCCCUGUAGUUUUAUUUGUAUCACACGCAUGACCAGUUUUAAGUUUUUUAGUGAGUGUUAAUAAUUGCACACCAGAUGAAAUGCUCAUUUUCUUUCCUCCAAGGGAACAAAAUCCCAAGACUUUGCAAUAAGACCUAAACAUUGCACAUUCCAGCAUUUGACAGCCAUCAGAAAGGGGCCCAGACGUACAGUAUAUGCCAUGUAGGGGAUGUGGAUGCCUCGUUGUUCAGUGUCACCCAAAAAGCCAAUAGUUGUAGUCCACAACAUUGAACUGAGUGAAAUCCACAUGUGGUUUUGUGACGCAGCGACAAAAAAAUUCCAGCCUUGAUAGAGCUAAAUUUUAAAGAGACCAUGAAUUUCAAGACUGCAAUCAACCACUUUUAAUUUGUUUUAUUUAUUAUCAUUAUUAUUAUUAUUAUUAUUUUAUGUUUUAUUUGGCUUUUUUUUAAGUUGUUAAUGUGUUUUAAUAUCUUGUUCUGUGACUACCAAAGAUAAACUACAAAGUCAAUGUUGUGUGUUCCAUGCAAUAGCUGAUAAGGCCAAAUAUCUCUCCUCCAUUCUCUCCCAUUGGACGAUCUCAGCAGCUGCGGUCGGGCCGGUGGCAGACUGAAUCGAGGGAAAUGCUCCUCAAACUGGUGUUUUCAUUCAUUUUUAUAAUUAAAAAAAAAAAAAACCAAAGGGGGGGUGUCUUGAACAGGACAGCUGCAGUAAUUUUUUGCAGUGACCAAAUCUGAAUGGGAGGCGCUGACAGUCUGACUACAUGAUGACCAAAUUAGGGAAACUUUUUUUUUUUUUUCUUUGGGCCAGUGAGUUGAAAAGGGAGCUUUUUUGGUCAGGAACAGAUUUGUGUGCAACAUAAAGGGUAUGUAGAGAAAGCUGAUGAGGAAAAAUAUACUGGUAAAUGGGAAAAGCUUUGCAGAGAACAAUGUGAAAUGGAUUCUAUACUUCAACUGGACCACACAAUGAUUCAAUGUGUCUCUUCUUUUAUUCCUUAACUUUUGUAUGCUUUGAAAUGAUUGUAUGCCACUUGUUAGGGGUUUUAGUGUCUUUGUUAAGAUUGGCAAGACUUUAUGAUUGUGUUUAGUUUCUGUCAACUUAUUACUUUUUAUAUUAAAAAACACUCCUGUCAACUAAUAAGCUGGGUACAAGGUACUUUAUGGCAGUUAUUGUUAUUGUUAUUGUUAUUAUUUUUUUUUUUUUAAGUUCACCGCUCAUUAACUAAAAAGGAAAAAGGGCAAUCUGUGGUUUCCAGAAGAUGUAUUUAAUAUCCAGGCAGCUGUGGGAUGGGUCAGUUACAGCCGGGGCUAGGAUCGUGAGAACAGAGCCGAGCUCAUCCACAAACCCCCAGUCAUCUGGCUGGUUUGUUUGGUAUUCAAAAAGGAGGGAAAAGCGCUGGUUAGAUUAGAACAUUCUCAGCAUGUGUAGCUUGACAUUACUAAAGAUAACAGCAUGAGAAAACCGUUAGUACGCAUACCUCAUUUCAAACCUAUAGGGAAUGAUUCAAUUAAAUGAGAAGAGAAAUAAACAAACAUUUCACUCAGUUGCACUUAGUUGUAUGUCUUGCAUGUGUAGUCUGAUACUGUAGAGAGAAAAAAGUAAAAAAAAAGAAAAAUGAGAAAAUUAGAGCUUGUUUAUCUUAAAGGUUUCAUCCUUUUUGCCAAAACCAAUCCAAACCUCAGGCCUUUUGUUCAUGGAGAUAUCACCCAGCUGUGUGUGGCACAUUCAUCCUGUCUGUUCUCUGAUGGGUUGUUUUAAGGGCGUUCCAAUAUUAGGUUGUACAUACAUGUCAGUAUAGCCUUUGUCUUUUCCUGUCCUCUCUCUCUCUCUCUUUUGUUUUUUUUUUUUUUUUUUUUUUAAGAUCAAAAAAUACAUUUGUGUUAUGAUGUUUGCUUUAUCGCCACUGCUUUGUAUUAACUAUGAAAUAGCUAUGAGAAAAACUGCUGUAUGUAUUGGAAUAGCAAACUGUGCUGCAAAUGUAUUUUACUUAGUAAUCCUUGCUUUAAAAAAAAAAAAAAAAGAAAAAAAAAGAAAAAAAAAAUCACAUCAUCCUCACAGACAUCUGGGUGAGCUGGGCAGGGGCAGGCUGGGGGGGAGAUUAUCCCCGAUUUUGGAUUUUAAACUGUAAUAUAGAAAACAGACUUUUCUCUGUUAUCAUUGACCUAAGCAUUUUGUACAGAUUUUUUUCCCUCUUUGUGUUAAGCUGUUUUUGAUACUUCCUUUUGAUGGUCCAACCACUGCCUUCUGUGGCUGUAUGUUAAAGAUUACUGCUCUGAGAAAAGGGCAGACAGGUAUAUUUCCUCUACAAGAUGGAAAUAUCUUGCAUGACUAAUCCCAGGGUCACAGAGAUUGGGGUGGUGGGGGUGGGGGUAUGGUUUAAGUGGUCAGUAAUAAUAUAAGGGUGUAUCAAUCUAAUGAUAUUUUAUAUGAAAUUAAUAGGAAAAAGAAGAAAAAUAUGCAGUGCCAAGAUGUAAAGAAUAUUGUUAAAUGCUGUCUUUUUUUUUUUCCUUUUUUUUUGUUUGAGAAAUUCAUUUCACUCGCGCAUCAGAGAUGUGUCUUUCUCAUCCACUUCACGUAGGUAAAAACACAAACAUUUUGUUUGGCAUCAAGAUAUUUAUAUUUUUAUCUCAAGGGUCAUUGUAAAUGAGUCAAACCAAGCACAGCAGGCAGGUCGAAGGUGUAACGUCCUGCAAACUGCGGCCGUGUGGCAUCAGAUCCCCCACAACAUCACACACACACACACACACUGGCACCCGAGCUAAGACGCCAUUGUUUCAUCCAUCACUAACCAUCCAGCCCGCUGUCAUUCCGUCCCCCUCUUUCCUCUUUCUCCCUCUCUCACAUCACACUUUGUUUUUUUUUUCUACAUGGAGGGGGGAGGGAGGGAAAGAAGAAGGGGUAGGGGGAGGCAGCCGAAGAGCUGUCACGGUGCUCUCAUCCUGCAGCAGCUUGUCUUUCUUUCUCUUUCUUUCUUUUUUUUCUUUGAAGAUGUACUCUGUACUUUCUUUUUUUCCUGUUUUUUUAUAGAGAAAUAUUAUUGCUCAUCAUUUCCAUCAGUCUGUAACCUCCUCAUCAUUCCUUGUCUGUCUGAUGCAGACCACUCUCUUGUUGUCAGUGGCGAUGACUGACGUGAGCAUUCUAAACAUGCAAUAAAAUGCUGGUUGUUCA